ACAUCACCCAUGCUCCUCUUUCAUUGGCUCCAGCUGUUGCUGCCAUCCCAGCUGCUAGAAGUUGUCUGUCCUGUGUAUCUGUAACAUGUGCCCAGCCUCCUGAAGGUUUUCCUCUCAGUAUAAGUUUCUUGGGGGAUGCCUCAGACAUUGGGGAGAAUCACCACAGCAUCCUGUGACUUUGCUGUCUAUAAGUGGGAGAAUGGACUUCAGCGUGUGAGCACGAUUUUAAAGGCAAAAAGGACACACAUGGAGUCCUGCUUAACACCAGGCAUGCCCCAAAAUGAUGAGACAAAACAACACGAGGGCAUCACUGAGCACUGCAUCUGUGCAGAAUGGGUGGGUGGUGGAGAUUCAAGUGAUGGAGGAGAAGGGAUGUUACCACCCCAGGUAGCCAAACGCCACAGCUGGGAGAUGAGUGCAAAGGGUAUGUGUGUAUGGCCAGUGCCAAAAUAGCUGAGUGUGAACCUUUCCUGUGGAUAUCAGGAGCCUGUACCCAUGUCAGCAUGGCGCUGCUGCUGUGACACCAGUGCUCCCAGCAUGGCAGUGAGCUGGGAUACACCACCAGUCUUAUGUGGCCAAGCACUUCCAAAACCCAUGUUAGACCAAGUGAUGUCCAUGGUGCAAGCCUGAUGUUGGCAUGGGGGACUUCUUGGCUGUCAUGGAGCUCUCUGCUUGUUGCACCACACCUUGUGGUUUGUUGGUGUGCACUGUCUCACACGGGCUUAACUCUUUCUCUUCAUCCUUCUGUUCUGCCAUUCCAGUCUUUCCCUUCCAAUUUUUUCCUCUCCCUUGUUUUUAGCCUCUUUUUUCCAUCCUUAGUUCUCAUUAGGAUCCACCUUUAUCAGAUGCUUUCCCAUGCUUGGCUCUAACUGUCUUUGAUGUGCAUCCCCUCCCUUUAUUUCUUCCCACCCCAGACCAAGCAGAGAGUUUGUGACGAACUGCAACUUCUGCCAGUACAUGGGAUCAGACAUCAGUCCUUAUGUAUUCCAGCUGUGGACCAGCAGUGUAAUCUGGGGGGACAGGAAACACUACACCCUUGUGCUCUAUCAGCAGUUCAAUGGCAGGUGUACUGCAUUACCCUGGGGAGUGCAAACCCUUCCACCAGGCUUUGCACAUGCCCUUGGGAUGCUGUAAAGCAGCCUGACUCUGAUGGGGACCAGCAUCCCCCGCUUACACCAGCUGGGGAAAAGCAUGCUGCUGCAGUGCCACCAACGCCAGCCCUUGCAGCGCUGGGAGGAUCGGAAGUCCUCGUGCCACAGAACGGAGCUGACGAACUGGUGUGAAUUACAGCAUCUGUCCUGUCCCUCUCACUCUCCCCAUCUGCGUACUCACCCGCUGGCAGUUACUCAGCAGGCUCCACAUGUCGGUGGAAACCAGCCUGUUUUUUCCUGUUAUCGAGGAAGCAGUUAUGACUGUGAUGCUCAAGGACAAGCCUGGGCCUCCCACUCCCCCUCCCUUAACAGCACAAAAGAAACCUACCUAAGCUGUUAUCUUCACUGGGCUCUGCUAUAGCAGGUUUUGGUUGGCUGGAGGCUGGAGCGAUGCUGGGCCCCCCUCCCAGCUCUCCCACCUCCAACCUGAUAUAAAGCACAGCUCACUGCUGCUUUUCCAGCCGACAGCACAUGACUGGGCGCAGGUGGUGCCACAGCUGCCUGUUGCACACCACUGCCACCACCAUAAGGACCCAAUGAGUUGCUGGAUGCCUGGGUGCCCAGCUUUCAGCAUGUGCCAGGGGUUAGCUGCGCUCCCCAUCACUUGCCUGGAAAGAGCCAAGGACCUGAAGACCCGCUUAGGGAUCCUGCUUCAUAAAUCAGACCUGGGACACAGGACUGGCACCUCCAGCAAGCUGCAGCUGGGCUCCAGGCAGAGAGAUUCUUCACGAGAAGUACUUGAAUGGAGGGAGUCCUUCGACCAACUCCUGAAGAGUAAAAGUGGAGUGACUGCCUUCCACACCUUCCUGAAGACGGAGUUCAGCGAGGAGAACCUUGACUUCUGGCUGGCAUGCGAGGACUUCAAAAAGACCCGAUCGAAAACCAAACUGGCUUCCAAGGCCAACAGGAUCUUUGAGGAGUUUGUUCAAAAUGAGGCACCCAGGGAGGUCAAUAUUGACCAUGAAACCAGAGAGAUCACCCGCAAGAACCUCUCAGGUGCCACCUCCGCUUGCUUUAACGAAGCCCAGGCUAAGACCCGCACUUUGAUGGAGAAGGACUCCUACCCCCGAUUCCUGAAGUCCGCCUCUUACCAGGACAUGACCAAGCAGGCCACCAGCCGUGGCAUCAGCAAGCGGUCACAUACCUGACCCGUGCCCAAAUUUGCCGUGGGGGGACAAGCUGGGGGACCAGGCAGAGACUGAGAGACAGUUUGUGAGGGCUGAGGUCUGUGCAGUGGUGUUUUGGCUGAAGUCCUGUCAAUUUAGCAGGAACCCCAAGACCUCAAGCGCUCUCUGCUUCCCACUGAACUCCUGGGAAAACUGGUCCUCCCUCCCUGAAGCAGCAGAGUGGGUGGGAACCCCAUGUCCCUGCUUGCAGCAUGGCUGGAGACUGGCACCACCACAGGAUCAGACAGAAAUCAGAUUUGAGUUGCAAGCCCAGGAAAAGGACAUGGGAUUCCCUGUAGCAUCUGUAACCAGCGAGCUCCCACCUUUUCUCAGCACCCUGAUUCUGAUCUGCAGCACCAGCUGCUGGCUGCAGGGCCAGCACAGAAGCCUGCAGCUCUUGCAGUGCUCGGGACAACCACCCCAGACCUGCUCACAGGGCUCACCCUGUGAGGGAAGGGCCAGAAUAAAAAUCCAAAGACUACAUGGCAUUUUCAGCUGGAGGGAGCCCUUCUCCUGAUCCUGGGAUCCUUCUGCCGUUUCCUAUGCAUGCUCUGCAUCAAAGCUUUACACCUUCUUCCAUACAGCAUAUCCCUAGCGGUGAUGUUUUAAUCCUUCGCUUAAGCUGUGUGACCUUUAGGUUGCACAAAUCUUAGGUCACAUGCAGAAGUUUUUACUACUAUUAUUGUUAUUUAUUUUAUCAUUAUUAUUAUAUAUAUAUAUUUGUUAGAAGAGCACUGCUGAAAGCAUACAUGUCCCUUGCUCUGAGGAGUUUCUAAAUGAAAUUAUAUUAGAUAUUGUAGUACUUAGCAUGUCUCUCAUUACUUCUGUAUAAUAACUUAAGAUUGAUGACCAGACAGAUAUGUAACAUGACCGUGGAACUAGGGACACAAACAGCAGCAGCAAGAGUUGCAGUCCAGCGAGGCUGCUAGAGGAGUCUAAGGUGGCAGGUAUCCUGUGAGUAUGAAGGACAACUGAUGGCAGUAAAAGGAUGCUUUGCAAUCAGUGUUGUUUCCUUUCUCCUCUCAGCUUGUCCUGGACAGAUUAGCAAUGUAAAACAGGCACUUUGGUGAGUGAUCCUACUGAAAACUUAUAUUUUUAUUUUUUUUUACACAUUUUUCCCCUGGUUUAAAAUUCAGCUUGGUGUUCCCUUGCCAGUGAAACCAUUCUGCAGCCACAGCACUUUACCAGAAACCCAGGGAGCCAAGUGAAACAGCAAUGCAUGCUGUGAAUUUAGUGUCUCAGGGCACUGCAGGAUAUUUUAGCAGCUCAGACUUGUGGGGUGAGCUUUUCAGAAAGCCCUUCUAAGCAGGGAUUUCUGGGUUCUGCAGCUGCUCUGGAAAGCUGUUGAUCCCAUUUGCCAGCAAUGGUGCCAGAAAGAGACUUGGGUGGGUGAUGGGGAGCUCACCAGUAUCCCAUGCUGGGUCAUGAGGAACAUGCUACCAGCAUAGUUUCAAACUGAGACAGCCUGGGGCUGCCACAUGUGCCUCCAUUUAUCUUUAAAGACCAAACCUGGAGGCCCUUAUCUUGCUGGUACUCACUACUUGCCAAGGAAACCAUCUUUCACCCACCCCUUCAAACUUUCGCUGGAGCACAGGAUAACUCUGGCUUUUCACAGCUGUUUGAGCAGAGCAAGGGACGGAGGACCAGUUUGGGAUGUUAUUCUGAGUCCUUUUCCACUUUCCCCAUUCUGGUUCUACCUCUGAGCUUCAGUGGGUCCUGACUGGGUUUACAGGGAGUUUUUAGCUGCUUUCUUAUUUAUUAUUUAUUUUUACAACUGGAACCAGCUUUGUUGUGUUACUGAAAUGAAAGACGCACAAUGGUCCAUUUUCAUUACUGACAUAAUAUUGUCAUUAUAAAAUAAAAUAUAAAAAGGAAAAUACUGUGACAACACACUUUAUUUUAUUUGGUAGUAGGUUUUCAAUUAAUUUUUACAUUGUAAUUUUGGAUGACUUGCAAAGAAUGCUAAGGAAAGCUGAUUGUGUUGGAUGGCUCAAGGUGCAUUCACAGUCGCUUUAGAAGUUGCAGUGUCAGGAACAGGAAAGAAAGGGGAAGACUUGUGAAGAGUAAAGCUUCAAGGUAUUUGGCUUACUUAAGAGAACUGAACAGCUCACAGCAAGAAUGGAAGCAGAGAUUAAGUUUUUAGUAUAUUAAUCGCUAGGGUGUUCAGUACUGUUCGUUUUGCUCACCAUUUUCUGAGCACUUUACAGGACUGCAGAUCCUAAUACCUAUUUAGUAUCAGUAAGACACCAUUGUCUGAAAAGCAUAGGAGGAUUCAAAUGAGGGCUGCUAUCUGCAAAAACUGCUUUUGGGUCAGUGUCAUAAAUAAUAUUUGAUUUUUAUCAAUAACUCAGCUGAUGACUGAAUUCAUUUACAAGGGACAAAGUAUCUGGUAUUGAAGUGGUUAUUAGAAGACAUCUUACCUCUAUUGCAGUGCUGCUCCUGAGGUCUGAGCAGUCCCCUGUGUCCCUAUGGGAGCUUUAGGGAGGGGAGAGGGGUGCAUGGUAUGCGGAACUCCAGGGACUGCGGGAUCACUGCAGGGCUUCCUGUGGCAAGAGCAUUGCAGAGAGGGGAGCAUUCAAGUGUGGCUCAGAGAUGCUAAUGCUCUGAAUAAAAACAGAACA